AUGCCUUACAGGCGCUCAGACAGAUUGUCUGCAGCGGCUGUGGCUGCUGCAGCUGCUGCCCGGAGUGCAGCAGCAGCCCCCAAGGCAGCAGUUGCGCGAACAGCAAUCACGGCAGUAGGAAGAGUCGCUUUGCAGCAGGCUUCUUGGUCCAAUGCGCCGCAAUCUAGCGAGGCUUACGAGCGACGGCGUGACUUCGCAGCUGCUGCUUCUGCGUUUUGGAUGCGAGGAGGGGGGGUUGCUGCAGGAGGCCAAGAUACCCCUGCCAUGUGCCACUACUGCCGCGGCUGGAGACUUUCCAGAUGCCGUGAGCACGGGGAAGAGGUCGGCAGCUCAUGCGAAGCAGGCAUUGCAGCUCGUGACAACUGCGGCAUGCCGCGAGGCAGGGAGUGGACUGCCUCACGCUUGUCUGCAGCACCUGCUCCUCAGACAUCGGAAGGGUCAGAGGGGGGGCCCCCUGGGGGUGUUACGGGGGCCUUAAGUGUGGGGUUGCCCGUUCAAGCCACUGAGCGAGGCAGUCUCCAGGGAGCUAAUGGCGAAAAGGCGGAUGCACGGACGGCACAGCCUUUGGGGGCCUUGCAGGCACCCCUGCUGUCGGUUGACGCACCGAGGAGUGGGAACAGACACAACAAGCCAGAGGCAGCAGCGCCAGCGACAGUCCAUGAGUUGGUGACUCCUGUUUUACCCGGGCUUGUGCACUUGUCGCCUGGAGCACCGACAACUACAGGGGAAGCAGCAGCAGCAGAAGCAGAAGCAGCAGCAGCAGCAGCAGAAGCAGAAGCAGCAGCAGCAGCAGCAGCAGAAGCAGCAGCAGCAUUAGCGACUGCGCGUGCUAGGAGGGCCUCAACAGGUGAACUGGUGUUGAGGAGGAGGCGGCAGCAGCAGCAGAGAAGGGUGUUGAAUGGCUUACCGAACGCUAUGCUUCCGCAGACACUUGAGCAGGCGCACGCAGCGACAGCAGCCGCGGAGAUCCCAGGUUUGUCGUGCGGCUCCGACUUCUCGACGUGUGACGUUGCCGCAGCAGCGGACGCUGACGCGGCCGCUUUUGAAGCUUCUUCCUCCAGAUCAGUCACACCAGCAGCACCACGCGACGACGCUCAAGCAGCCGCAUGGCAGAGGCUACGCAGAUGUCUCCACGAAGUUUCGCGGAGAGCCUCGGCAGGGGCCACGCUUCCGUGGGGGCCGCGUCGCGGAAAAGCUCCAGAGUGGCGAAUGUGGAGACGCGUCCUUACAGUGUAUUCCCCCCUACUCGACUGGCCCUCAGCGGCCUUACGGGGGGGGUGUCUUCUCUAA